AUGGAUCCCACGUUUACUAUUCGAGUUUUUGAAGAACUCACGACGCUAGCAGACGAUAACAUUACGCGAAGACACGGUGUGUAUGAAACCAGGCCACUAGUUAGUGACUUUACCAGGUCAAUGUUUAUAUUAGUCAAUCACGUGGUCAUCAGCACAGGUUUCGACCUGUUUGGCACAGUCGGAAAUAUCAUCAACAUAGCUGUAUUUUUAAAACAGGGCCUGCGCAAGUCUAUGAACCUAAGCUUCUUCGCUAUGUCCAUCUCUGACCUGUGCGGGCUGGUCUUCCAAAUUUGGCAUAACUUUUGUCUGAACCCGUAUGUUGAGGGCAUCGAUUCGCCGGUGGAGUUUAUUGAGGUCCAGUACUUAACGGCAGGCUGGCCCAACGCUGUGUUGGUCAGGAUAACCUGCUGGAUUACUGCCUACAUCACUGCAGAGAGGUGCCUGUCCAUCGCCAUACCACUUAAGAUUAAACAGGUCAUCACUUUUAAUAGAACUGCUGUGAUCAUUGUCUUCAUUUACCUUAUAAAUAUGGCGUCCAUCGUCCCACUUUAUUUCUCGGCCUACUUCAGUUGGAAUUUUUAUCCGGAACAGAACAAAACGAAACUCGGAAUUUCGUUUCGGAGCAAUAAGCUAGAGAUCGAGAGUCUGAUUUUUACGUUUCAGGCAUCCCUGGCUAUAAUCGCCUUCGCCUUGGUCAUUAUUUUCACAGGCGUACUGGUCAUCAAGCUAAAGCAGAAGUCAAAAUGGCGUCGGACUGCUACCUCAGACAAGGAUCAAAACGAGGCCAUGUCAUCUCGCGAGAGAAAGACGGUGAAUAUGGUCAUCGCUGUGGCCAUAGUUUUGAUCGUCUGCUACACCCCUGCUGUAAUCUGUUCCAUCACGACCUCUAUCACUCCAGACUUUGGCAUCACGGGCAAACAGGCCAACAUGUUCCAUGUCAUCUGGUCAUUCGGCUUCCUCUUCCAUUCCAUCAACGCCAGUAUCAACGUGGUCCUGUAUUAUAAGAUGAGUUCUAAGUAUAGAACGACGUUCCACCAAAUAUUCCGGAAGUGCGCUGGCAAACCAGCAGACGACACCGAAGAGGAUCGUGGGAACAGCUGCAAGACUAGCCAGACGACGCUGUACAGUGUAAACCAAGAGGUAGUGGUGACGUCGUAA